GAAUUACAACACGUUCUCCAUUGAACAGUCUAUGGUCCGAGAACCACUUGAUCCUUCUCUCUUCCCGAAUUGAAAUUUGUGAAAAACACACCAAAAACAUUGUUCAUUGGUUUGGUUACUUGGACAAAAUUGAGGUCCCAAAACACCUCUCAAAUCUCUGCUAAAUCUCUCGCCGUCGUUUUUCAGGGUUCGUGAAAAUUUAAAUACUUUCAUUUUCAUGGCUGUUUUCAUGUUGCAGGUGGUCUGUUUCCAUCUGGACUUGGUUGUGUUAUUUCAAAGAGAAGCAGUAGAAGAAGGUUAGUGUUGUCAAGAAAUUAGAGGAAAAGGAAGUGCUGUUGAAAUAGUAGAAGGGGAUUGUUGUUAAGAAAGUAAAAGGGAAACAAAGAACAAAGUUUAUGUGCUUCUUGGAAGUGUUAAAUGGAACAAACUAUUGGUGAAGACUCUACUCCGGUUUCUGGGUCGUUUGAUAAAUCAAGGGUUUUGGAUGUAAAGCCUUUAAGAUGUCUUGUUCCGGUCUUUCCAAAUGCACCUAAUGUUUCAACAUUUACAACUCCACAAGGUGCUGCUGCUCCCUUUGUUUGUGCUACUCCAUCUGGACCUUUCCCCAAUGGAGUAUCUCCGUUUUAUCCUUUUUUCAAUUCAUCAGACUCUCAAAGACAUCCUGAACAACAUACCCCGGCCAGUGUCCCCAAUCAGAGUGCACCGCCACCUUUUGGCUUUAACAGUACAACAAUAUCAAAUGCAGUUCCAAUAAAUUCAUUCAGGACCCCAUCAUCUGCAACAGCUGGAAGAAACCAGUCUACAGGGGUUGCAAAUGGAAAUGCUAGGUCAUCUAAAAGGAUGACCAGAAGCCGUGCUCAGACACAGCCGCAAAGCUCGGCUGCAGAGGAAGAGGAGUAUGCUGACAACCAAAAUGAGAGUUCUGAGUUUUUCGCUACGCCAACAACUGAAACUGAAGAAAAACUUACAAAGUCGGGGAGGCCAAGGCGUAAAUCCCGGAAGCGGGUUAGUGGUGGUACUAGUGGCCAGGCCCAAGACAUAAAUGUUACCUCUUCUGAUGCAACCGUAGAUGUGUUAGUUGAAAAAAUUCAAGCAUCAUUUAGUGAUGCAUUUAGACAAACUGAAGGUGACCGGGUAUCUAUUGAAUAUCUUACUAUGGUUUAUGAUUUGUUCCGUAGAAGGAUUUCACAAAUUGAAGAUGUUAGUGUUUCAGGAGGGAAUAAGCGUCCUGAUCUAAGGGCUGCUACACUCUUUAUGAAUAAGGGAAUCCGGACAAAUAUCAAUAAGAGGAUUGGAUCUGUUCCUGGUGUUGAAAUUGGGGAUAUUUUUUUCUUCCGAAUGGAGCUGUGUUUGGUUGGAUUACAUGCUCCAAGUAUGGCUGGAAUUGAUUAUUUGACUGUCAAAAACUCUUCAGAGGAAGAACCUCUUGCAGUGAGUAUUGUUUCUUCUGGUGGAUAUGAAGAUUAUGCUGAUGAUCCUGAUGUUAUUAUUUACAGUGGUCAGGGUGGUGUUAACAGGAGAGAUAAGGCAAUGAUGGAUCAGAAGCUUGAAAGGGGUAAUCUUGCUUUGGAGAAAUCUACACAUAGGGGCAAUGUGGUAAGAGUUAUUCGGGGUGUGAGGGAUCUGAACACUCAAACUGGUAAAAUAUAUGUCUAUGAUGGUCUAUAUAAAAUACAAGAAUCAUGGGUGGAGAAAGAAGGGAAAAGCGGUUGCAAUGUUUUUAAGUAUAAAUUUGUUAGACUGCCCGAUCAGCCUGAAGCUUUUAGAAUAUGGAAAUCAGUUGAACAAUGGAAAGGAGGAGAUACUUCAAGGGUUGGAGUUGUAUUGCCAGAUCUUACUUCAGGGGAAGAAAAAGUACCCGUUUCUUUGGUAAAUGAUGUAGAUGGCGAGAAGGGUCCUGCCCACUUCACUUAUAUUUCUAUUCUCAAGUAUCCCAGUCCAAUGAACGUAACAGUUCCUUCUUCUGGAUGUCUUUGCAUUGGUGGAUGUCUACCUACUAAUUCCAACUGCCCUUGCAUUCAAAAGAAUGGAGACUUUCUCCCAUAUACCGCAAAUGGGCUUCUUGUGAGCCAAAAGUCCUUAGUACAAGAGUGCGGGCCUUCCUGUCAGUGUGCUUCUAAUUGCCGAAACCGCGCAUCUCAAGGUGGCCUGAAAAUUCAUUUGGAAGUUUUUAAAACUAAGAACAGAGGUUGGGGUUUAAGGUCUCUGGACCCCAUCCGUGCUGGAACCUUUAUUUGUGAAUACGCUGGGCACGUUGGUGAUCCUACUAAGAUAGAUAAGUUCGGGAUUGAUGUAGAUGAUGAAUUCGUUUUUGAUGCUACUCGUACUCCUCAACCACUUGGAGUUCUGCCUGGUGAUUCCAUCGAAUCUUCAAAACUCCCGUUUCCUCUUGUUAUAAGUGCAAGAUAUUCUGGGAAUGUUGCACGUUUUAUGAACCACAGCUGUUCUCCAAAUGUAAUCUGGCAGCCAGUUUCGCGUGAAAAUAGAAGUGAGCCCGAUCUUCAUGUUGCUUUCUAUGCGAACAGACACAUUGCUCCGAUGACAGAAUUGACAUAUGAUUAUGGUGUGGUCCCAGAUGAUGAAAUAGACCAAAGGAAGAGAAAAUGUCUCUGUGGGUCAUUAAAGUGCAAGGGUUUCUAUUGUCUGUAGUCUAUCAAGGGUAUUUGCAUGAUGGUGGACCUUGCAUACUCUUGCUUUUUGAAAAGCCAGGAAGAAGGGCUCUCCAGUGGCGGUGCUGCUUGUGUGUGGAGCUCAUGACCUUUUGAAAGUAUGUAGCUUUUAAGUUUUUUCAUGAAUAUCAGGACUGCCAUUUCUGACUGUAGUAUAUGGAUUCCCUGAUGACACAGUGUUUUCCCUUCAUCAGUGUACUAACAUUAUGUAGUUGUAGCAUGAAAUUUACAGGAAUGGGUUGCUUUGCUUUUUCCUGUUAUCGGUUUAGUUUCUCUACUGUAUCAAUGCAGAACUACUAAAUUCUAGGGAUAAGAAACUUGUAUUAAUUGAAUUUGUGUUUGCGUUUUUUCGAAGAACGAAAAGGGAGGCCACGAGCCUUGGCAGUCAGGGAUCUUGGUGCGAGCCUUGGAGGCUUAGGCACUCUAGAAGAACUGUGGUUACUUGGCACACAAGGCACCUUGUGUAUUUUUUUGACAAAUUUAGUUGAGAUGGACAAGUCUGCUUUUGGUGUGUGUGUGCGCAAGAAACUUUUGUUGGCACAAGCACAAUGGAAGGACUGCAAAUUUCCCAUCACAGAAAAAUGCUUGUCAUCUCUGAAAAUCAAUGGCUGGCUCCAUGGUUAAAAUUGGAUUAUUAUUAUCACUAUAUUUUUCUUUUUUGUUCUUACUAGUUGUGUUGAAUGUGGAUCAUGGCAUACUUUUAGGACCGGUCCAAAAUUACUUGGCCAAAUUUCCUAAGUGGAUUUUUA